AUGGCAGCAAGCUGCGAAGAAUCGGAGGAGGACGACUUAAAUGAUUUACAGCCUCCGGCAAGUGCAAGAGAUGUGUUCCAUGUAAUUGACUUUUUGCAAAGAGUGGCUCUAGAACAAAGACAGGGAAAUGGAAACCAAGAUGAAGAUAUGGAAACUCCAGGUACUUCAUCAGGUGGACCAUCGUUUUCUUCUGUCUCACCCAUGCUACCAUUUUCACAGCGUAGGCGUUGUAUAUUUAGAAGACCACGAAGAAGAACACGACAAGAAAGAAUAGAGAUGUUUCGUAGGCCAUCGGAAGGGUUUUUCAAUCUACAGCAGCUAAUAACUACGCUUCUUGAAAGAAGAGAUAAUACAGGUGUUCCCUUUCCUGGUUUCUUAAACCUGCAUAGUAGUCCUGCGGAUUAUGCAUGGGGCACAGGAGGAUUAGACGCAAUUAUUACACAGUUAUUAAAUCAGUUUGACGGAAUGGGUGCACCUCCAUUAGCGAGAGAGAAAAUCGACGAAAUACCAAUUAUGUACAUUAGAAAAGAGGACGUCGAUAAAACCCUUCAGUGUACGGUGUGUAUGGAAGACUAUAAACUAGGAGAACCGGUUAAGCAAUUGUCCUGUGAACACGUCUUUCAUAACGAAUGUAUAGUGCCCUGGUUAGAACUGCAUGGAACCUGUCCUAUAUGCCGCAAGUCUCUAAAUGAUGAAAGUCAGAAUUGCAGCAAUAGGAGUAACGUGGACAACUUGACGCAGGGAAAUGCCAGCAAUAGAAACAACUCAUCCAAUGCCGAUUCCACUUCCACGCACCAAACGACACUGUGUGACUUUAUCGACGAAGAUUUCGAUUGACUCUAUUAUUAAAACUAAGUCAUAGUAUGGAAAAAGCUCGUUCGCUAUUUCUUUUGCCGGUGCGGUCUACGUCCGACGCCCAUCAGAUAAAAUUUAACACACUACGUAUAAAUAUAAAUAUAUAAAUAUAUAUUAAUUGCCAGCCAGGAAAAACAACCGCAUGAACUUUCCACCUUUUUUCUCUUUUUUUAAAACGUCGUGUCCUUUUUCUGCAGUAGAAAUUUGCCGGCGGUGGCCCAGCAGGGUGCACUUUUUUUCAUUCGGGUCGGUCGGACCAUUCUUUCCUCUAAGUAAAAACUGUUUGCCUCUUACCGAUGUAAAAACGGAUUUAGAAAUGAUCCAUCCCUUAUAAAUAUACAUAUAUAAGCUACACCGGUUAAUCUGUUCCUUACUAAGAUUUUCCCCUAUCUGCUAUCUGUUAAUCUUUCAAAUAAUCCUUAAAGGAAAUUUAGAUUAAGACAAAUCUUUUGCAUUAGCAAAAGUUUCUAAAUUAAUCGGCAUUUUUUAAAAAAUAAUAAUAACUUCUUUCCUGGGUAAAUUUGGCCCAGCGAAAAUACAACUGUGCGACAGCCAAAUUGCCCGGGACUUGUGGCCACCUUUAUGUUGUAUUCUGUGCAGAAAUCUUUACUAAAAUAGAAAUUGACCAGAUCUGGGUGGUACUCUUUCGCUCUGGCUGUCACUUCGGCCUGGUUAGGAACCACCCGGCUCUCUGUCACUCUUAAAAUGCUUAAUUUUGGACUGCUUUUCUAUGUUCCCUCCUGGAUUUUCUCCUGAAUGCUUUCUUCUGUGAAUCAAUACGGGAGGUCGCACUGCCAUCCAGGCUAAGAUUUAAAAAUUCGGCAGGCGCUAACAUUGCUGCUUCUGAAACCAUUCUCUGCUGAUGCCACGGUAAGAAACAUUCCUGGUCCGUCUUCCAGUUUCGGAGGCGUUUAACUUUGCCCGGGUGGAUUUUACCUGUGGUCGAAGUCAUCAGGUUCUACUGCAGAGGCAGUGGAAUUUGGGAAGUAAAAUCCUGGUGUUUAAGUACGGAGGUUAGUGCAAAAGCCCUGGGGGGACAGAAGAAUCUCAUUUUGGCUGGGACGAUUUUUCACCCGGGUGCAAAUUUUCUAGUUUUUGCCGAAUGGCACCCCAGUUACUUCAUACUGUGUUCUUAUUUUCUGCUGGCGAUGGCCUGUGUUAUUUUCCCACUCGGUAUUACAUUUAAAGAUCAAAUAUCAGGGCUGCCCGGUUCUGGGCCCGCUUAUUAUUUGGCAGUAUCUUUUUCUGGCUACUGUCGGGCUGACGCUGUACAUAAAAUAGUGGAUUUGUACAGAACUUUUCCAGAUACAAGUUAGUUUUUUUUGUAUGUGUUUUGAGGUGUCAUCCGAGGAAGGAGUGUGCCAUCCGUCGGCUUCCUUACUUUUUCCUUUGGAAACGUCCGGGGGCACUGGAGCGGGCCAACCGAUUUACCUGCCGGGAACAAUUUAAGGUCCGACCGGCAUAUCACCCGGUGGACAACAGUUCCCGCCCUGUAAUAAUCAAAAUGCACUUUACGUGGUGGAGGAACUUUUGUCUGGGGUCCGGGACCGGUGGAAAGUGUGCACCAGCAGACGGGAAGAAAAAAUAUUUAUUUUGCAGGAAGUGAAGUUUUACCUACCGACGGACCCAACCGGUUGCAAUUUCUCCUGCGUUUGUCCGUGUGACGAUUCCGUAAAGAAAUGUAAAUAAAUUUGAUAAAGUUGUUUAUAAUUUUAAGAAUCGGAUACGACGUUUGCUGUAUAAAAGACCGAAAAAAUCAAAUGUAAUUUUUAUCCGACUUCAGAAAAAUGUUUUUUGUUUUUCUUACCUUCUGUUCCACUCGGCACGCUUAGACCUAUAAUUCUGAGAUAGAAAAAGAUUCCAUUUAUUUUGGAUUUUUGAUAUAAUUUAAUAAAGAAAUUAGACCAGUU